AUGUCAGGAAGACGAGGCUCCUUCUUCGUCGAACGCGAUCGCCACGGUCGAGAACGAUUUGUUAGGCGUCGAUCCACAUCCUACGAGGAUAGGUCAUCUCAUCGUGAUAUGGAUGAAGCAAGGGCUCAAGCUUUGGAGUUGGAGGUGGACUCGCUACAAACCCGAUUGUCUUUCGAGCAACGAAACGUCCACAUCCUCGAACAACGACUUCAACAACUAAGUCAAGACCAGUCGCAAGCACAUCACUUGCGACAGCAAUAUCAGGUUGCCAAAGACGAAUGUUCGCGACUCGAUGAGCGAUUAUACCAGGAAGAGAAGAAAACAGAGAAAUAUAGGGAGAAAUAUGAGCGUAUGAAACAAGAUUAUGAGGAUCUCAGCGAGAAAUAUCGAUUGAUGAAGAGAGGGGUAUCUCAACAAGACCACGACAAUGAGUUCUAUCGCGUUCUCUACGAAGAGAAGUUACAGGAGGUUGAGCUUCUUAGGAUGCGUGGUCAAGAGAAAGACGAAUUGCAUCAUUUGGACCAACAACGAAUUGAAGAAAAAAACCAGACCAUAAAGAUCAAGAACAGAGAUAUAAGUUACUACCAAGAGUAUCUACGAUCACAUGGUUUUCGCGUCGACACUUGA